AGUGAGAGUGAACAUGUGAUGUGACUUUACUGGAUGGAACAUGAAGCAGGAAGCAGCGAAGACCGAGAGAGCAAGGGAAGCAGCGACGUCUACGGAAAGACCAGAGAGACGAUAGCAAGGCAGCAGUCGAAGCAGUAAACGGAGCCACACAGAGUACGACUCACGAGGAGGUACAGUGGAGGUGGAUACACAGCGUGGAAGAUUCGAAAAUGUCGAGACAUAGAGAUUAUGGGUGGGAGAGGGAACGAGAUCGAGGCUAUGGUAGUAGAGAUCGGGCUGGAGAUCGCCACUACGAUAGUGGACGGGAAAGUGGGGGAGAUGGCGGAAGAGAGAGGAGUAGAGAGAGCCGACGAGAGGGCGGCGAAGGAGACGCGAGAGGAGGAUAUGGUGAAUCAAGCAGAGGGAACUAUGAUCGAAGCUAUCCACCACGGGACUACCCUAGGCGGAAUGCUCCGAUCUGCUUCCACUGCAACGAACCGGGACACUAUAAAAACCAAUGCCCAAGGCUAGUAGGCGAAGGAGGCUCACAAGCCUACAUGGGACCAAGAGGACGGUCGCUAUCACCAGAACGGGACAUAGGAGGGCGCGCAAGGCGAGCGGUAUCUGCUGACCCUAACCUGCGCAAACAUCUCGAAGAUCUGGAAAACUCGCUUACAACCGUAUGGGAAUUCGUGAUUAAGCAGAAGGAAGCGCGGGAGGAGAAGGAGAAACGAAGAGCCGAAAAGGAAGAAAAAAAGAAAAGGGAAGUCGAAGAAAAGGAGGCAGCCGAAAGACGUGCGAAGAAAAAGCAGGCGAAGCAACGGCGGGAGGAGGAAUAUCGAGCACUCAUACGGAAGGACAUGGCGAUGGAACUGUCCAUAAGGAUGGGAGGUAUUGAAAAUCGUAUCGACCGUGUUGACCGGAAGGUGAAGAGAGUGGUGAAGGAGACUGUGAGAAAGGGGAAAGGGAAGGCGAAGAUGGCGACACCAGAUCACACCAUCGGUUCGGAGGAGGAGUCAGAAGCAUUAGGGGGCAGUGGAGACAGCGACGUCGAUGAGAUUAGCCAGAAGACGGGAGAAUUGACCAUUACGGGAAAACAAGAGAAGAGAAAGCGGAGUGCGGAAAAGAAUGUAGGGAAUAGCCCCCCAAUGAUGACUCCGGCAAAAAGAACACCAAGGCGUACGAUCAAACCAGUGAAGCUGGCAGAGAGACUUAGGCAGGGUGGCGAAAGAACGUCACCAGGGCAAUCGGCCAGGAAGACACCAAAACGGGCAACACCAAGGUCGGGAAAUCAGAGGAAGAAGAUCUCGGCGAAGAUCGGAUCGGUUGGGAAGGUGAAAUACAUGCGGGAGAAUAUGCUUCUGCUAGCGGAUCUGACAGUAGAUGAACUGAAACAGAUCAGCGUGGAUGAAGGGGUACAGUUCGGUGGGAAGAAGGUUCCGACAAUCGUAGCGAUCACGGAAAAACGACCAGAGAAGGCGUAUGGAUCACAAGAGGACGAAGAGCAGGAUAACGUCGAGCCCCUAAAAGAAGCGGAAGGAGCGGAGGCUACUGAAAAGGAGAUGGAAGAAGCAUUUGAGACUGACGAGUGACGAUGCUGGCCGAAUAAGGAGCUCUGGGAGCUGUGCAGAUGAAUAGUCGCAAGGCAGAAGAAAGGUAACACAGACACUGAUUUGGAUGCUAUCUAUCGCAUCCCAGUGAUAUUGUUAGCAUUACGUGGGCAGAUUAGAUGGAUGGAGAAAUAUGUCGACUCAUGGGUUAGCCUAUACGAGCAGGGGGGUGUGGAUACUUUCAAUAAAAUCUCGGGAUGCGU